UUUCUUUAAAAAAUCAAACCUAACAAAAAAAUCCAGAAAAUUGUUUUUGAUUUCCCAUAAUCUCCCAGCAUUCUGUGUAUAUGGGUUGCUCUUGGGGUUAUCCACUAGAAGUGGUGGAGAUUUGAAUAUUUUUAGCCCACAGAGUUCAGCUUUUUUAUUUCUUCAUGAGUACAGUAUCAGAAAUAACUCUAGACAGGCCAGUGGACUGCUGAAAAUUUGUCUUGGGAUAGCCCUUGUCAGAUCCUGUUAUUACAGCUCUGUGGUUUUCUUUGUUAUGGUGCUUUGGAUGAUCUUAAAUUUCUGUUUUCAGACUUGGAUGGUGCAGCUGGAAUUUGAGUCAUCUAGUGUCCUUGUGUAGCAUGAGCUGAGGCUGUGCAUACACAUGGCAUGGUGGUGUUGUGCAACCUCAUUCUUAACCUUUUCCAUUGUUUGUUUUUCCCUCCAUUUUAUUAUCUGAACGCCACUAUUGAGAUCACUCUCUGUUUUUGCCAGAUGUGGUACAAACAAGGAACAACUCUCAUUUCCUGCAUCUCCUUGUCACAGAUGUUGUUAACAUUUAAGACAUAAAUUGUUUCAGUGGGCCUGAUGCUGUUAAUAAAGGAGAAGAUAAGGUCUUCUGCACUGUGAAAAGGGCAAAGUCACCCAUGAUAGGACCAGUUCUGCAGUGCACUGUGAAUCUCCUUUCAGCACAGGACCACUUUUUCCUCUAUUUUGAGUUAUGCUAUUCAUUCCUAAUUGGAGGUGAAUUGUGGAGAUGUGUUAGUCACCAGAAAACCUCUAGACACAGAAUACAUUCAACUUAAGAAAAGGUUUAAUUGCUUAAUGAGUUUUAGCUGCCAAACUCUGUGCAGUGUUGGGUAGCAAUCAUUUGACAUUCACAGCUAUGAAUGUCUUGUAAGAACUUUUGAGAGGGAUGAGUCUGUUUGAGGGACGGUUGGUUACCUCUGCUUCAACAUUUCCAUGAUGGGUGGCCUUGUGAAUUCUUCUUGCUUUCAGAUUGCUUUUCCUAGUGCUUCUAUUUAGCAGCUGUAUAUGCUGAGUAGAGUUUUAAAGGCCUGCUCAGUUUCAAGGCUUGGUUAUUUUGUAGCUGUGCUGGAUGGUCACAGUGCUUUACACUUUUGCCAUCCAGACUGGUUCCUCUGCCCCGACCUCCUUGUCUUUAGGACACUGAUAAAUAGCCCUGCGGAAGUCUUAGGCAAGUCACUGGAUCUGCCUGUGUCCCAGUUUCCAUCAAUAAACUUGUGCCUAAUAUUUGCUGAACUUGUCCUUCUGUUUAGGGGAAGGUGUUGGUGAUUCCUGUGUGAUUUAGUAACGAUCACUUUGCAUAGGCUUUAGAUAUAUAAAGGUUAGACAUGCAAUUUAUAUUUCCAUCCUGUAUGUGCCACUAGUUGGAGUAAUUAAAUCUAGAAUGGGUGUUUCUAAGUACUAGUAUUCCACAAAAUACUGAUAUUUCAAUAUCAAAAUAAUGAUAGUUCAAGACAGUCAUAUUUAAUGUGCAGUAUUGUCUUUGAUCUGUUUUGAAUUUAUUGUCAAAGAGAGAGAAUUGUCAAAUUUAUUGUGUUCCUUCCCUGUGCCUGGAGGAGUUUACUUGUCACCCUGUAGUGGUGUGCAGGGCACUCAGGCACUAUUGAGUGCAUAACCUGGAAUUUCUGGUAGUGAAGAUGACAUUUGGUAUGGUCCUUCUUGAUACUUUUAUCUCAGAAAGCCUCUAUUUUUCUACCAUUUGUCUUUCAUAAAGUCACACUUGCACAAGUUGCUGAGAUGCUUUAAAGAACUGCUGCUCAUGCAAUUCUUUGGAUGUAUUUGAGAAUGGAUAAAAAGGUAGAGGAGGAGUUGAGAUGGAACAGGAAUGUAUAUGAGCUGCUAGAAAAGGGGAUUGCAACAAACAAGGAAAGUAUCAGAGGGGUCUGAGAGGCUCAGGUAGUGAGAAAGGUCAGAGGAGACAGCACUGGGACAUGGAAUUAGAAGGAUUAAGGGAGCUGGAGAGGUUCUGGGCAAAAGGGAUUUGGAUGAGGGAAAGGGCCCUCUCUGUCAUAUCCUGGGAUUGCCUCUUUCUCACUCUUGUAAGAAGAGGUCCCAGCCCCAGCCACACUGCAGUCAUAAGCCAGGCAGACUGCUACUGCAGCAGGCUGCUCACCCUGCCUUGCCCCCUGUACAUGACCCAUCUCUGCCCAACACUGAGGGAAGAGGCAGAAGUGACUUUAAAUAGGGUCACCUUUUGCCUUAAUAAGUAUUCUGAACUUGCAGGUGUAAGAUCUGAGCCCAGUUACCUCAAAGCAGAUGACAAAUAUGUCUAAAGCUGUAUCUUACCAAUGUUUCUUGGUCAGCAUGCUCCAGGAAAGUCUUCAGGGAGCCUGAAGAUGAUGGCAGCAUAUAGGUAUGACCUUAAGAAACCCCGACACCCAAAACAUUAAAAAAGGACAAAAUUAAAAUCCACAUGUAGAGAACAUGUGCAUAUGAGUUUGAAGUGGUAUUCAAGCUUAAUAUUUUGUGACUGCUCAGCCCAAGCUGGGCAUAGGAACUGGAACCUCUUGUGGCACAGGCCUAUAAGGAUGCUAAAAUAUUCCACAGAACUUGUGCCAUACUGUUGCUGUCCACAAAAAUCAGAUUCUUUACCUGGCGUGCAACAAGCCAGUAAUUGCACACUGAGAGAGCCAUUCAUUAUUCUUGAGAGUUGCACAAGCCUGGGUGCUCUGUGCAUUCCACAAAUCAAGCACACCAACUAUCAGUAGUAUCUGUGUAUUUACUAUCUGUACAUUUCAAAAAACAAAGGAAUUAGCUUUUAUUUGCUACAAGUUCUCUUAUUAAUUAGCAUUAUAUCUUCUAUUGAUUAAUUAUUCUCUUGUUUCUCAUGCUAAUUAGUCCUUGUGCUCAGUCUUUCUUUUUGUUUGGUUCAGUGGUUUCUUGGGUUGAUGGUUGCAGUUUAACCCUUCCAGAAUCAUCUUUUACCCAGUCAGAGCUGAUUUCAGCACAGCUGCUAAGUUGGCUUUGUUAGUUUCUCCUUUGUCUUGGGAAUUCUGCCAAAUGUCCUUGGGGCCCAUAAAUUCUGUAUUUUUUUGUGUCCACUAUCAGUGGUACAUCCUUCUCCCCAGGCUUUGUUAACCUCAUAUGAGGUCCAGGAUCAUUGAAGCAUGUCAAGCCCUAACCAUUACUGAGGCAAUUCUACCAACAAGUAAUUCACUUUUCUAGCACAUGAACAUCACUUAGACCUUGUUAGCUGCUGUUUCAUGGAUUAAAUCUCCCUUCUUGUUGAUUAGACUUGAAAAUACACAAACAUCAAAAACAUCCUUGCUUAAGAAAACUUUUACAUUUGCACAUUUUGCAACACUGUCAGUCCCUCUUAAUAGUGAAUGUGUAUCACUGUGAAUGCAGAUGAGAAAAGUUGAUGUAGAAAUGACAAAGGCUGAGCUUUCAGUCUUAUAUUAAAAUUACUUUCAUUUUGGGACAGUUGAAUUUCCAUCUGUGAACCAGUACAUGGGAACAUAUAUCUAUAAUUUCACUUCACGUCUGCCUCAAAACAUGGUGCUGUGACUCAUUUUGAAAGUGUAAAAGCUGCCAAAUGGGCCAACUGCUGGCAUGGGGUACAACUGCAAUCAAAAUGGCAACACUGGGCCAGGCCAAGAGAAGUCCUACUCUGUGUACUUUGUGUCUCUCUCAAGGGGUGGCCAGUAACAGAACUGGGAGAAAAAUAAAUAAAAGCCACUUUCUCUCACAUGCUUUCAUGGAGUUUGCCAAAUGCUCAGGGGUUUCCUGAAUCACAGAUUAAUUUUUGAAUGAUGUGUGUAUUGGUCACUACUUCCAUUUAGUUGUGCAUUUUUUAGGAGCCCAUUUACAUUAUUGCUCUUCAUAGAGUCCUCUUGCAAUGAAUUCUGUGAGAUAAUUAUUUUCUCUAAGAAGGAACAUUUUAAAUUUUCUACCUGAUACUUUAAUAGCAUCUCCCCCUAACAUUUAUACUGGGCAGGAUGGUGACUAGUCUUUCACAUUUUGCUAUUCCCUGGACAUUUUGCAGAUUUUGCUCCUUCAGUUUUAGAAGCUGAGGAGAUCAAGUGCCUCAGUUUAACCUAUUUUGUGUGUCUUGUGGGUCCUGAGGCAGGCAAUCUGAAUGUGCUUCAUGAUGGGGACUUAUAAAUGUUCAUCAUGGCACACUUGGACACUUCUCUGUCUAACAAAGGCAACAGUUGUGGUCUUUAGUUAUGCUGAGCAGCUGUUCUUGAAAAAGGAUGACAAUAAAAUAAAGAAACAGGAUAUCCCAGCAGUUUGUGAUCUUCACUGCUGUAAGGAUGUGCCUGUAAGAAAUGGCCUUAUUGGGCAGAAGCCACCGUCUAUCAACCCCGAGAGACUGAAGGACUUUGGUGAGGAGGAUUACCUGAAUGGGGAUGUGAAGACCUGGGAAAUGAAGAUAGUGAGCCGAAAUGAGGAGUUACUUAGGGAUGCCCUUUCCUGCAUCCCUCAGCCGAGCAGUAGGACCAGCCUGGCAAGCUGUAACAGGCUGAUUCGAUUUGAAGACAUUAGUGCAGCAGCCUUCAAAAUCCAGUGUGGUGUUCAGAAAACCCCCUGCAUGUAUUCUAGGCUAUCCAAGCAGUAUGGAAUGGACAUCUACCUGAAGAAGGAGUUCCUCCAGUAUACAGGGUCUGUGAAGGAACGAGGUGUACUUUACCUUCUGAUGUCAUUGCCUCAGGAGCAGCAAAGAAAAGGGGUGAUCGUGGCUUUGGACAGUAACUUUUCCAUGGCUGUUGCUUACCAUGCCUCCGAGCUCCGGAUUGCCGUGUUUGUCAUCCUGCCCAGCAGCACGGCCCCGGCCAGGGUGAAGAUGUGCCGCGAGUACGGAGCCAUGGUCAUCUCCUACGGCGCCACCGCCAAGGACUCCCAGGUGCACGCCCGCAGGCUGGCCCAGGAGAACGGCUACCUCUACCUGGAAGAGGAGGACAGUGCUGUGUACCUGUCAGGCCUGGGGACCGUGGGGCUGGAGAUGUACGAGCAGGUGCCAAAGCUGGACGCGGUGAUUUUCCCUGCAGGAGGCCACUGUGGCUUGCUGGCAGGGUCAGCUGCUGCACUCAAACACCUCAACCCACAUAUUUCUGUAAUUGGAGUUGAAUCUGAAAGUUUCCCAGUACUUCAACAGUCCUUAAAAGCUGGCCACCCAAAUGACGACCAGGCCUGCAACAAUCAUCACUUCUAUGGAGAUGUGAGUGGAGUUUGCUUUGGCAGCAAUUCUUUGCAGCUGACUGGCAAGCUUGUGGAUAAAGUUGUUGCUGUGAGGGAGGAGGACAUCCUCAUUUCAAUGCUGAGACUGCUGGAGUGUGAGCGAGCCACGGUUGAUGCAGAAGGGGCCAUUGGGCUUGCAGCGCUGGUGGCAGGGAAGCUGCCUGAGCUGAAGGGUAAAAGAGUGGGAGUUGUUAUAUGCAGUGGAAACCUGGAAUUACAUUUGCUGCAACAGUGCAUAGCUCGUGCCCUGACCCUGGAUAACAGAGUGUGCAGAUUUUCCCUUGUGAUUUCUGACUGCCCAGGAGACAUGUCAAAACUACUGGAGAUUUUGGCUCGGGAAGAAGCAAGAGUUUUGGAUAUCAAACAAGAACGCACAUUUGUGACAUCUGAGCUCUUCACUGUCGAGGUGAUCUGCACUGUGGAGACCAGAGACAAGAUCCACACAGCCCAGCUGAGGAAUGCACUCUUGGAACGCUACCCCACAACUGCCUGGACCGAGCGGUGACGGGCACAGCGCGGGCUGGGGGCACGAGGGCCUCUGACAAGGAUUCUGCAGAGCCCCAGCCUUGAGGCUUUUGCAACAAAUAUGACCUUUCAAAGCUGAACAGUUAGCAAAUAGUUUCAGGAUAUUUUUUUCCUGCUCAAUAUGUAGUAAAUGUCUUUGGGGAAAAAAAGGUAAAACCAAAACUUUAGUUUAGCUAAGGGAAGCUCUUAGUCUCUGCUGGUGUUGGAAUUCCUCAAUUCAUUAUCAGCUGGCUGCCUGGAUUUUAGCUAGCUUGUAGAAUCCAAUGAUAUUCCAUAAACAGGGAGAAACCAUUUCUCUUUACAUCUGAAUAUAGACCUCUCAAAGGUCUUUUGAUUUUGAUGUCCAUUGUUGAAGUAAUGCAGCUCCUUCUGCUAGACUUCGCUACACUGCAAGUACAGAAAUAUUCUGUUUCCAAGCCAGAGGCAGUUUUCUGUUUGCUAAAUCUGCUUCAGGAAGUGUAUACAUAUGUGUGGGGUUGAAAAUUAAUAUGUUCUGAUCUUUGGUGCCACAUGAGGAAAAAUUAUGCUUAAAGAAGAUGAUUUAAACACGCACAGAAAAACCCUUGGAAGAUAACAGCCAAUAUAAUAAUAAUUUUUUCCCAGUGGAAAAUGAUCCUAUUUGCAAAAUAAAAUUCUAAAAUAUUCUGCAGAAAUUUAAAAAAAAGUAUUGAGUAUGAUUAGAGCAUACAAAUGGAACACAAAUAUAUUUCUUCCUUCUCCUUUUGGAGACUCAGUAUAAAAAGUAACAACUGGCUUGCGUUUCUAUAUAAAAAGGGGUCUCACUACCCAUGUGAAUUUUGUAAAUAACAUUCCACUGAUUAUCUUAGUCUGUCUAAAACAGGCUCUAUCCAGCUCACCCGACAGAUUGAGUACACUGUUAACAGUGACAUGUAUUUAAAGACCACAUGUUAAUAGCCAAAGGCAGUGCUGGGAGGAGAGGAAGCCUAAGUCUCAGGCACAUGGCUAAUGCAAUUAACAAAGAACACAUUGACCUAAAUACCAUUUUUAUCACUACAGGAAGAGACCAACUAAUAAUAAAACAGAGUGGGAUGGCAAGAAAUGUAAGAGAAGUCCAGGCCCUCUUCUGAAUGUGCACACAACACAGCUGUGCCUUUUCAUUGGGGCAGCAUUUAACUUCAGCUCUGGCAGACCUUACAGCACCUUCCAGUACCUAGAGGGGCCUACAGGAAAGCUGCAUGGGACAAGGGGCAGUGGCUUUAAAGUGAAAGAGGAUAGAUUUAUAUUAGAUAUUAGGAAGAAAUGCUUUUUUGUGAGGGCAGUGAGGCUCUGGUUGCCCAGAAAAGUUAUGGAUGCCCCAUCCCUGGAAGGAUUCAAGGCCACAUUGGUCGGGCUUUGAGCAAUGUGGUCUAGUGAACAGAACUCCACGACAGGGAGUUUGGGACUAAAUGGUCUUUGAGGUCCCUUCCAACCCAAACCAUUCUGUGGUUCCAUGAUCCAUCUCUCUCCAUAGCUUAUACAAGCAAGAUGGGAUGAGAAGGGCAGCAUUGUGGCUGUCUCUGCAGUAGUAUUUUUCUGAGAAAUAAUCUGUUCCUUCUUGUAGUUCACAAAGGAGCAGGAGUACAGAGUCUGAUAUGGUGGGCAAAAAAUAGAAGUUUACAGAUUUAGUCUGUUUUGAAAGGACCAUAGUGGUUUGCACAUGGAACUAAAAAUUAUUGAUGCCCCAAUGGUUAGUUUUGUUCCCUUCUUGCCAUCCAGAAUGAUGGGUAGAGGCCUUGGUUCUGCAAAUCACAGCUCUGUCUUGUCAGACACAGCUCCUUUCUCCACUAUCAGAAGAGUUUAAGAAAUCUGUAUGGAAACAGAUGGCACAGUGCAUAUUACAUACUGCUACUUCCAUUGGAAUGAGAAAUGAAUCACGUCAUCAGAGAGCAGAUUUGGGGGAUGAAAACCCACUAUUGAUAAGGGUCUAACUACCCUCUCAUGUUUUUUAGCAAAAGUCUCAGGAAACGUUAAGGAUGGCUCAGGUACCUACAUGAGAAGAAAAUGGAGCUUUAUAACCAAAGUUCUCAGUAGUGGCCAACAGGUUCUGCUGUCUGGGUCUUUGGUCUAAAAUUUUGUAUUAUCCUGGACUUCAUUGUUGUAGAAGCUCAGAACAUUAACAACUUCUUUCCUAAUCAGUGGGAACUGCAUUUAGCAAGUUUUCACAAACCUGGGGCAAGAAGAUGUAACAGACAGAGCAACCAAAAAUCAAUGCACUUGAAAUCAUUAUAUGAUUUUGGAAAUGUGUUUAGGGUGGUGGAAGGAAGGUGAUGUCCAAAAGGUGCUAAAAAUGUCAAACAUUAUAUUUGCAGUUUGGUUUUAUUUUUAUUGUUUUAAGUAUAAACAUAGUUUAAAGUGUAAAUUACUCUCCAGUACUAAACAUUUUAUAUGUGAAUAUAAUAAUACCAGAGGUGUUUUACAUUCUAUAUUGCCUUUAUUGAAGUCUCAUUGGCUUAAAAGACAAAAUGAAGAUCUUCCAAGGGGGAAAAAAACCUAAAAUGAGACAUUUAAAUGAACGUAUGCUUGGAAAGAAUAAUUAAAUACCUGUGCUGCUAACCUUUUCCUUUUUAAAUUAUGAAAUAUAAUAAGAUCUGUGACAUUUCAAAGAUUUAAUAAUGGGGUUUUGAAUGUCUUAUUUAAAGAAAUAUUUUUAUAUAGAGUAUUCUUGUGUACCUUGAAAAAUAAUGAUUAUGUAAAAAUUUCACUACUGGUUAAAUCAGCAAAAUAUAAACAUUGUAUUUAUUUGAAAAACAAUUAAAAUUCUGCUACACCACCUCA